GGAAGCGAGCCGCCCCUUUCCAUGGGUGCAGGUCUGAUCAACUGCUGCCCUGUUGGGAGGUUCUGCUUAAGGGUCAAGGAUGAAACUUUAGCGGCUUUCCUAGAAGGGCCAAGCACAGCCACCCAUCCCCGAGACGAGAUCCAACAGAUCCAGUUUAGAUCUCUAGGGCUGUGGGCACCGCCAGUCUCUCCCAUCUUUCAGGCCUGAAUCUUUGAUUCCGAGUGGAAGCACCAAGGCGGACAGCCCAGCUGAGCCUGGGUGCAACACCCACAAAUCAGGACACCAAGGCAAUAAAGGUCGGCUGCCUCUAAAUCUGGGGGUCUCAAUAAGGCUGACACCCCCAUCCCUCUCCAGCCUGUAGGAGAGUGCAGAAUCCAGCAACUUUUAAUUAUUUUCCAUUCUCUCUUCUCCCAAACUCGCACAUCCUUGCCUCUCGGAAUACAACCAUUUCUACGCAAGUUGCUUUAAAAAGUCUCUCUUUUUUUUUCUCUCCUCCUCCUUCUUCUCCUGACCUGACAGGAGCCAGAGAAGCUGAAAGGAAGAGAUGGAGGAGGCGGUGGUGGAGGAGGAGGAGGAGGAGGCUGACUUAUAAGCAAGCGUCCUCCACUUGAGGGACGGACUAGCAGAUUUAAACUCUGCCACAAGAUGCUGCGGAAACUUUGGGGAAGCAGCAAAUUCUGAACAGCUUCUCCCCUGGCCAGGAGCAAUGCCUCUGUUUUGCUUUAAAAAACCAACUUUUUCCCUUCUGCCUCCACUGCUCCAGCCUGCAGGAGCUUUGUGAUUUUUUUUUUUUUGUGUCCGUUUCUGGAUCUUUUUGGACAAUUUCAAUGUUUGUUUGUUUUUUUCUCCUGCUGCUGGGUUUAUGCUGACAAGGUUGUUCCUGGAGAGAUAAAACUUACUCGGAAUUGACUGAAAGUUUGGAUCUCUCUGCAAAUUAACACGGAAAGUUCCCGCUGGUGCCAGCCACGAUGCUGAGGCUUCUGCUGAGCGCGUUCUUCCCCUGCCUGAGCUUAGCUGCCCCGUCUCAUAUUAACAAGCUCGCCCUCUUUCCGGAUAAGAACGCCUGGUGCGAGGCCAAGAACAUCACCCAGAUUAUCGGCCACGAAGGGUGCAAUUCUAAAUCCAUCCAAAACAGGGCCUGCAUGGGGCAGUGCUUCAGCUACAGUGUCCCCAACACGCUGCCGCAGUCCACGGAGUCCCUGGUGCAUUGUGAUUCCUGCAUGCCCUCUGACAUCCAGUGGGACAUUGUUUCGCUGGACUGUCCCCACAAUCCCAUUCCUCGGGUGAAGAAGCUGGUGGAAAAAAUCUUGCACUGCAACUGCCAGGCGUGUGGGGACCAGACCCCCUACCUGAAGGGCGAAGUCAGCAACCAUCCCGACAACUUUCCCUCCCUCCCCCGCUUCCCUGAGGGCCAGGCUCCCGAGCCCCAUCCCCACCCUCAUGAGGCAGCUCAGGACUGAACUUCCACCCGAAGCCCCCACCUCCUCUAUUUCUCUCCCUGCCCCCCUUCUCUCUCCUUCUCUCUCCAGCCUCCAUCCUGCUCUGACGUGCAAAAGGGAAAGCAAGGCACAGAAUCCAAGGAGCCCUUUUGACACCCAGGAGAGGACAGGAAGCAGGGCUUGGAAGGGGGGGGGAACGUCUGGAUUUGGGGUGUGACACCAUGUUGGAAGGAUGAAGAAGAAAAAAGACUCACUGGAGCUGAAAGCCCCUUUCCUGCCAAGAUGGAGUCACCGUCGCCAGCUUGCAGAGGGGCCCACUUCGAUUCACCGGUGGAGGGUCUGCACUUCCAGAUUUGGGGAUGCUAAACUAGGAGGUUGCUGACAAAGAGGCUGUCUUUUUUUCCCUUUGUUCUGAGAUCUUUGCCCACAAGCAGGCGGAAGAAACGUGGAUUUUCUCGCCAGGUCCCAUGGGAACACGGGACUUCCCCCUAUACGUAAAUAUAUAUAUAUAUAUCUAUACACCAGACUGAGAAGAAAACCAGUUCGGCAGUAUUAUGAACUUUUAUCAGACUGGUGGGCUCCCUUGUUUCAACUUUCUUCCCCGUGAACACAACGAAAAGGGACCGAGAAGAAGCAGCCGCUAUAACCCCAAUUUAAAUCCUGGGACAAUCUCGCCUCUGAAGCUUCCUUCGUGGGUGGAACAUCUAGAAGGCAACAUUCAAGUCAGAUUUGGGGUUCUUGGGGGGGUCUUGCGCCUCAGUUUCCUUCACACCAGCCAGGCAGACUGUUGGCCAAGUUGGGAUAGGAGUUGUUAGCUCAGAACUUCUGGAGGACACUUGUCCAGGUCAUCUACCCGUGCUUUUGGCCUUGAGCUCGUGGUGCCCAGAUCAUUUGCCUCCCUUUUUCUCAAUCAAGAUGAGGUCGAGUUGCAGCUCCCAGUACUGGUGAGCAGGACACGGUCCAUACAGUGCAUACGCAAUCUCUUGAAAACAGCCAUCUCUGCCGUGAAUCUACUCGCAUGUGUUGGAAAGGGGGGGGGAGGCUCUUCUGCAGCCUUUCAUCCUGCUUGAUCUGAUACCGAAGCUGACACCGUUUGGGGACACAAGUCUAUCUUUUCACACAAUAUCACAAGCCUUGGGGGGACAGGGCCGUGGGGUAAGGGCAGUGGUGGGAUUCAAAUAGGUGAACAACCAGUUCUCUGCGUGGAUGCCGCUUCCGGGAGUCUGUUCCGGGCCCGGGCAACAAAAAAUUAGCUACCGGUUCUGCCGAAGUGGUGCGAACCGGCUGAAUCCCACCAUUGGGUAAAGGCUACCGAAGCUCUUUCUCUUUGAAGGAACUGCUGGGGAUGAUGGUUGCUUGGAUCCACGAAAGGCCAAACACGUUUUAGAAGCCGACAGUCCCCACUUACAGCAGGUUUAAUUCCUGCCGUGGGUCCCCUGUGUUUGCCCUCUAUUUCUCGUCUUCCAGAUCAGACUUUUUCCAAGUAGCACUUGAACAAGCCAACAAGGGUGUGGAGAACAUCUGGGUUUUUUGGGAAAUAAGGAGGAAGAAAGGGGAAUUUUCAAUUAUUGCUUUGGCCAUUUUGAACCAAAGGAGCCAACCCCAAAUAAGAAUUAAAUCCUUUUGCUGCUGCUGCAGGUGUCGGCAUUGCUUCUGAACGAACCCUGGGCUGUGUGUGGUGUCCGAAAAGACGGUCAUUACUCUCUCUCUCAAUGUUUUUGUCUUAAAUGUUGAUCGCACAAACCUGCCCUUCUCAUUCUUAAGCCAGGGAAGCUUCCGGGGCACGUAAUGCACAUCCAUCCAUGCACACCCACUGUAUAUUUUUACCUGUGUAGUUAUUGCCACUGUCAACAUCACCUUAAAUAAAUUAGACUGAACAUUU